GCACUCGGGAGCGCCGCGCCGCCGCGCAUCGACUCCAUGGGAGCGGCCACCCCGCUGCUGCUGUUGGCGCUGGCGCUGAGCCCGGGGCUCGCGGCCGCCGUUCCGUGCGCCACCAUCUGCCCCGCGGGUACCUUCCUGGCCGGCGCGGGCUGCGGGCGGGGAGCGAACUGCCAGCAGUGCCCGUCCGACACCUUCUCCAACGCGGUGGGAGCCAGAAGCUGCAACCUGUGCCGCAAGUGCGAAGGAAGAUUCACAUACUUAAAGGUGUGUUCACCAAUCAGCGACGCUGAGUGCACGUGCAAGGAGGGAUAUCGCUGCAGUGACGUCAGCUGCUCCCGCUGCGACAGAAGCUGUGGUCUGGGCAAGGAGAAAACUGGGAGCGGUUGCCAGGCUUGCCGCUAUGGAACUUUUAAUGAUCAGCCUGAUGGCUCCUGUAAAAACUGGACAGUGUGUUCUGAAAACCAGGUUCUGGAGCCUGGAACUGCAACAAAAGAUGUGGUUUGCAAACCCAGUUCAGAUAAUCCCACUUUAGCUACCACUUUACCUACCACCUCUCCUGCAAUUCCAUUUCCUAUCGCUGUGCCAGGGAAGAACCUCCAGAUGGACAUUAUCAGAAUUUCUCUUGCUGUAGCGGGACUGUUGUGCGUAGCAUUUCUGCUGCCUUUGUGCAUAUGCCUCAGCGUCUGGCAGAAAAAGAAACUACAUGCUGUCUUCAAGAAAAUGCAGACUACGCCUGAGCAAUCAAUCCAGGAGGAGACCUGCAGCUGCCGCUUCCCUGAGGAAGAACAAGGCGAAGAUCAGGAUUGUGGCAAAUCCACAGAAUUCAGAGAUCUUUUGGAGAAUUAAGAGUUGGACUGUCCAGGUCAACCAUAUUUGUUUUCUCUUAGAACACAACUUUAUAAUUUGUGGAUUUCACAGUGCUACGUAGUCCAUCCUCUAAGGAAAAAGCACAUCUUUUCUAGUUUGUUGACUUGUCUAGGCCUGGGAAUCGUAUUUCUAAGCAGGAGUAGUACUACUGUGCUUAAAACAAAUAACAGAAGGGCAGUACAGCAUUCUGGCUGCUCUUAUAAAUGGUGCCUGAGCCAUAACUUAUACGCAGCCUGAAAGCAUUCGUCCCUAAAAUGGAGUUUUGUAGCAUGUAGGAGAGCCAUGUGUGCCACUCAUGGUCUCUGCAUUACUCUUACCAGCUGUCCUCCUGAGUCUGGUGCUGCAGCUCCUCUCAAAGCACAGCUCAAACCCAACAGUGUUGGGUUUCUUCUGCAAAUACAGAUCUCAUCUCAUUUCAGACUUUCAGUUGCCAGCAGCUGUGGAAACAUAUCUGGCCUGACCACCACACAGCUUAUGUCAGAGACAGGAAAAUGUAAAAAAAAAUCUAGAGCUGCAAAGUUUUUUUUUUUUUUUUUUUUUUUUUUUUAAUAACAGCUUUUACCUGCUGCUGUAUUACAGAGAUUGCCUUAAUAGAAGCAGUGGAAACACUGAGAAAAGCUGUGGUUGACUUGGUCUUAAGAAGGGGUGUUACUGCACACUUAGACUGCAACACCUCAGUCCUACGUCAUGCAGCUUUCAUCUUUUCAGUGAUGUAAAUGUGUGUUGCAGAUGUGGUAUGUGUAGAACAUGAUACAUUUCUGGUACUAUUUCUGUACCUCUGAGGUUGGAAAGAUUUUAACAUCAGACAGUAUAUCUGUCUUUUUGAUCAAGUGCUGUUACUUUGGUCUGAAAGAGAAAAGAAAAUGCUAGCAAUGACAGCAUUUUUAACCUUUUUCAGAACCAAAUAUCUUAUUUCUUCAGUAAAUGUUAUUCAAAAAUAGAAUUAAAACCUAUCAACGGGUCAGGUAAAGGGUGAUUUACUCCUUUAUGUAAUUUCAGCUUUGAAAGAAAGAAUACCAGUGUCUGAAGAAUGACAGCCUAUGUUUCUAUGCAGCACAGAAAUUAAGAUAGGUUUUUUUACGUAGUAUUUUCGAUAAACUCGCUGUUUUGUAACUUCUUAUGUAUAUGAGACAAUAACUACAGAAACCUGAAUUCCAAAGUUAAGUAUAUGUAAAUAAAUAAUUUGUUUUGAA